GAAAAAUUUGCCACUAACAAAACAAAUAUUAAUAUUCACACUUUAGCCCCAUAAUUUAAAGAAUAUUCUAAUAUAGCCUAAGACUUCUGUUAAUUAUUCUAUUAUCGUCGUCUCUCUUAGGUCUCUGCCCCUUUGUAAUCAAUCCAACACGAACACGGAGGAGCCUCUCUGAAACAAAGCCACCAGAGAGAGACACAGAGAGAGAGAGAGAAGAAGCUUCGUUAAUCUCUGCUUCCUAUAACUCUCUCUGAUUGGAUCCUCUCUUUCGCUUCUCCUCCUUAAUCUUCAUCCUUCUUCUUCUUUCUUCUAUUGUUCUAUUCUCUACAAAUGACGAGAAUUAAUCCGAAUCGUGAUCGCGCAUCUAAUUAUAACUGCGGCAAUGUCUUUAAUUUGCUUGCACGGAGAGAGAUUUCACCGAGGACGAAACAUGUAGCAAGAGAUGCAAAGCGUGGCCUCCUGUCAUGGGUUGAGGCUGAUUCACUGCGGCAUUUGUCAGCUAAGUAUUGCCCUUUAUUACCUGCUCCAAGGUCUACUAUUGCAGCAGCGUUUAGUCCAGAUGGAAAAGUUCUUGCUUCCACGCAUGGCGACCACACAGUAAAGAUAAUCGAUUGUGAAACUGGACGUUGCUUAAAGGUGUUAAUGGGCCAUAUGAGGACACCUUGGGUGGUUAGGUUCCAUCCAUUGCACCCGCAAAUACUGGCCAGCGGGAGCUUGGAUCAAGAAGUUCGAUUAUGGGAUGCUAACACAUCAGAGUGCAUAACAUCUCACCAUUUCUAUCGACCAAUUGCAUCCAUUGCUUUUCAUGCCAAAGGAGAAAUAAUUGCCGUUGCAUCAGGCCACAAGCUUUACAUAUGGCACUAUGACAAGAAAGGCGAAGCAUCCUACUCGCCUAUUUUUGUGUUAAAGACAAGGCGAUCUCUACGGGCUGUGCAUUUUCACCCUCAUGCUGCGCCAUAUCUUUUAACUGCUGAGGUCAAUGAUCUUGACUGUUCAGAUUCCUCAAUGACAGAGGCAACAUCUAUUGGUUAUUUACAAUAUCCCCCACCUUCCUUUUUUGUCGCAAAUGUUCAACCUGCGGAGCAUGUUACUUCGUCCAGUGAAUCACCUAAUGUGUCAUUGCCUUUCUUCUUCGUUCCUUCAUAUACUGUUGAUGAGUCUAGAGAAGAAUUACCGCAUGCUAGUCAUGACAUUGGCUCAGGUAGAAUACAAAUUGAGUCUUCUGCCAUGGUUCAGUUUCAAACGAACACAAAUGCAACAGAACAAUAUGAUGCUACAGUGUCUCCCAUGGAUACAGUCUCUGAGAUGGCCACUAACUCUCCUGCGCACACUACUUUCUCUAAUGGAAUGAGAGUUGGCAUCCGGAACCUCACAGUGGAUGGUAUGGAGACUGAUGAAACCAGACCUGCUGAAGGAAGUCAACACAGAAACCCUACUGAUGCAAGUUCUCUCAAUGUUAUGUUACAUGGCCCAUCUAGACAAACUGCAAAUCGUGGAGUUCAUUCAGAGGGUGGCCAAUUUCAUCAGGUUGUUUCUUCAAGAGAUCCAAGUGGAUGGGAAUUGCCUUUUCUACAAGGAUAUUUGAUGGGUCAAAGCCAAGUUGGUAUCCCUUCAAUGCAUUCUCACACGGGUGUUACUCGUGACACUCUACCUCAACAGGCUCAACAGAUUAGUUCUUCUGUAACAUCUAAUAGUAAUACUCUUUCCACUUCUAAUGUUAAUGUAGCAGUCCCAUCUUCAGCAAUGUCUGGAAGCAUCAACAUACCCGGAUCUUCUAUAAGAUCAGGUUUUCGGAGUCAUUUAUCACAACCACAUACACCUGUACCAGAAUCUGGAAAUCUUGCUGCUUCUAUUAAUACCCCACAUGAUGGAUCUGACAUCCAAACACUCAUGAACCGAAUUCAGUCAGAACUCGCUACAUCCGUGGCUGCAGCGGCAGCUGCAGCUGCUGAGUUGCCUUGUACCGUGAAGUUAAGGGUAUGGUCUCAUGACAUAAAAAAUCCAUGUGCCCCACUAAAUGCUGAAAGAUGUCGUCUAACAAUACCUCAUGCUGUCCUCUGCAGUGAAAUGGGUGCCCACUUUUCACCAUGCGGUAGAUAUUUAGCUGCCUGUGUUGCAUGUAUGCUUCCACAUAUUGAAGCUGAUCCAGGAUUACAAACUCCUGUACAUCAAGAGUCCGGCAUUGCAACAUCACCAACUCGGCAUCCAAUAUCAGCACACCAAGUUAUGUAUGAGCUGCGGAUCUAUUCUCUCGAGGAGGCAACAUUUGGAUUGGUGCUUGCUUCUCGAGCAAUUAGAGCUGCUCAUUGUCUGACUUCAAUUCAGUUCUCACCUACAUCUGAGCACAUACUCCUUGCCUAUGGUCGACGUCAUUGUUCUCUUCUUAGAUCCAUUGUCAUUGAUGGAGAAGCAACAUUACCUAUAUAUACAGUUUUAGAGGUAUAUAGAGUUUCGGAUAUGGAACUUGUUAGGGUGCUUCCUAGUGCUGAAGAUGAGGUCAAUGUGGCAUGCUUUCAUCCUUUUCCUGGAGGCGGGUUAGUUUAUGGAACAAAGGAAGGAAAGCUCAGGAUCCUCCACUAUGAUGGUGCUCACCCAGUGAAUGGCACUGGACCAAGUUACUUUCCUGAGGAGACGAUCGUCGGAGUCAGUCAGUGAGCAAGGUUUUAACACGAUUGGAGAUGGAACUCAGUUAUCCGCUUCACAUUAUCUUUUUUACCAACGUGCUGUUUCCGCUGAUGAUCUGUACAAAUCCAACAUCAUCAUAUCCAGUGCUGAGCGCAGACAACCAAGAACUGGAACUUCACACUCACUGCAUUAGCAAAUGUAUAUUUUUGUGUUAUCGAUGUAUGAGUAUGUAUUAGUAUGUAUAAUAUUCUCCUUUGUAAAAAUGUCUGUGUUCUGUUUUUCUCCUUACCAUCCCUUCCUCAUGCCCAUUAGUGGGGGGAUAUUCCUUUUGGGAAACAAAUUUAUCCUCAUCAGAGAAAUAUCAUAAUUUAGGGACAUAAAUUUACUUUGUGAAAUUUUUACAUGAUCUUAUCAAGUACAUUUGGUAUUUGCAUUUUUUUUUUAAAAGUAAAUUUGGGUAUCUUGAGUUUCCCUUUUUGUUCCAA